AUGGAAGGUUUCAUUAUUCGUCAAAAAGAGAUUCCCAAGCCAGCACAUCCACCUCUCGAAGUUUCUAGUGUCGUGGAUGAACAACCUAUUCUAGUCGACCCCAAUAUCCUUCAAGAAAGCUUAGAGCUCCGUGUUGAAACCCAGAUCAAUCAAUAUCUUUCUGCGCCAAAGAAGUUAAAAUCAAGCUCAAAUACUGAAACCGUUUCUCGAGGACGGUGGGAAGCUCUCAAUUCAGCAAUCAUCUCAGCUACAUCAAGAGCUAAAGAGAAGCUGAAGAACAAUCCCAAAUUCAAGUAUCCCCAUUCGAUGAUUGCAAAUCUCCACGAGUUUAAUCAGUUGCGAUAUGAAUUCACCCUGAACAAAAACAAAUCAACCAGUGUUUCUGCUUCUCUUGCCACUGCCAAAUCUGCAAUCCGACGUGCCCCAAAACCUGGGGAAAUUUUAUUAGCACCAAGGAGUGGAAUUUAUCUAUCAAGGAUUAUUUCCAAACAAGCUCGACAUGUACUCAAUCACAAGGAACUCUUUGUUACACAAUCUGGGAACCACUCCAAUCAUCAAUCAAUACUGGACGAUAUCAAGAUCCGUGAAGCUCUUUAUGCUUGGGUGGCAUCUAAAAAUCCGGGUGAAAUCACACCACUUUCCUUUUGUGAACAUGUUAGCAACACUCUACUUCCCAAGUUCGGAAUCAACAAAACAAUCAGUCGACCAACUGCUACUCGCUGGAUGGGCCGACUUGGAUUCAGUCCUCAAGAAUACCACAAAUCACUCUAUUACGAUGGACACGAAAGGCCUGAUGUAGUCGAAGCUCGAAAGAAUUACAUUGAAGACUUUGAUAUGUAUCGAAAGCGUUCUCGGACUUAUGGCGGAGACAACCUCGAGUAUGCAAGCGAAGUCGAUCCUGACGUCCUCGGUGAUCAAAAGGAAACCGUCUUCAUCUUUCAUGACGAAUCAACGGUACAUGCCAAGGAAAAACCUCGACUGGCCUGGCUCUUGCCUGGAACAACCGAACUUCGUUCAAAGAAUGCUGGCCGGUUGAUUCAUAUAUCUGACUUUAUCUUAGAGUCGACUGCUGAUGCCGCAACCGUCAUUUACCCUGGUUCAAACGGUGACAAGUGGUGGGAUAUGGAACAAUUGUGCCAUCAGGUUUCAUCAAAAGAAAUUCCCAUCUUUGAAGCCCUUCACCCCGAUGCACAGGCGGUUUUCGUUUUUGAUUGCUCCUCAGCUCACGGAGCCUAUGGUCCCUCGGCUCUCAGGGUUCAAAAUAUGAAUCUCAAUCCGGCUGGAAAGCAAUCUCGGCUUCGAGACACCAUCAUACUAUCCGAUGAUCCGUUUAUACCCUCUCAUCUUCGCGGUCAAAUUCAGACCUUUUGUUAUGAUUCAUCUCAUCCAGAUCCAAAAAAAGCAGGUGAACCCAAAGGUGUUCGAGCCAUAUUGCAGGAGAGAGGUCUAUGGCAACAUUACACCCAAGAAAUGGAACGUUCCGGUAAACCUCCUUUGAAAUUCAAGUGCGACUCAUGCUCUCAAUCUAGCAUUCGAAAAGACGCGAUUGCAAGAUCAAGUCGCUUGAUCAGAGAAGCUGAAGCCAACGGUUUUUUUUUGUCGGAAGCUCAAUGUGUUUGGGAGGCUCUCUCCAGUGCCCAACUCAACAAUGAAACUGAAACCAUCGAGCCUUUGGACAACCCUAGCAAGGCCAAUACCAAUAAUUCUUGUUGCUGGUCCAAGAUUAUGUUGCUCCAGUCAGAUUUUGCAAACGAACGACCACUACUGCAAGCUACGAUUGAAGAAGCAGGUCAUGUCUGCCUCUUUUUACCCAAGUUUCACUGCGAACUCAAUCCAAUUGAACUUUUUUGGUCGUAUAUCAAACAAGCUUAUCGAAAAAACAAUCAUGUUUGCAAAACCUUUAACGAUCACAAGGCCCGCUUUGAGAUGGUACGGCAAUCUUGCCCGCUGGUAACAAUAAGACGAUACUUUCGACGAAUAGACCGACAACUCUCAGCUUAUCGACAGGGAUUCAAUGGUCCCCAAUCAGUCAUAUUGAUGAAAAAAUACAAAUCUCAUCGAUGCAUCCCUUGCCAAGCAGCAAUGCAAAUCGAUAUUCUCACUAAUUAG